UUAUUAGUAUUUGUUCUUGUAAACUGUUAUUUUUGAGCGAAACAUAUAUGUAUAUUUAUCAGUGUCGUCAUUGUGAUGCUAAAGCAAUCUAUAUGAAGUAGUUCCUUGUUGUUAUCUUACCUAAAAAGCUCAUGAUUACAAAAGGAAAAUGUAGCAUCUCCGGAAUAUUCCUGCUUUUUUCUCCUACUGUAGAUGUAGUUUAUGUCUUGUUAUCAUAUUAAACAGAUCCCAUCCCAAAUGCAUUUUUCCUCUAAAUGAUUCCUUUAGAAAUAAUAUUGUUUUAUUAUUAGAAAAGUAUUUAUUAGAAAAAAUAUUGUUAGAUUUUUAAAUUAUGAUACGAUAUAUGACAAAAGUCAGUGCCUUUCAAAAAUUAAAAUACAACGUAUUGGAUUGGGCUUCUUCGUUAAUAAUUGGAAAAGAAAAAAUGGCAAAUAAUCUUCGUAAAAAAGUUUAUGUUGUUGGCGUUGGGAUGACCAAGUUUUAUAAACCUGGAACUGGUGAUGAUUAUCCUGAAUUGGCAAAGGAGGCUGUUGUCAAGGCUCUUGAUGAUGCAAAGAUUUCCUAUGACCUUGUCCAGCAGGCUUGUGUGGGUUAUGUUUAUGGAGAUUCAACUUGCGGGCAAAGAGCUUUGUAUGAAGUAGGAAUGUCGGGUAUUCCAAUUAUCAACGUUAAUAAUAAUUGUUCUACUGGAUCAACUGCAUUGUAUAUAAGUAAAGAAUUAGUGGAGGGUGGGCUGUGUGAUUGUGUGCUUGCUUUAGGAUUUGAGAAGAUGGCCAGAGGAUCCUUAACAUCAAAAUUUGAUGAUCGUACUAAUCCAAUGGAUAAGCAUGUGCUAGUUUUAUCAAAUCGGCAUGGUUUUGCUGCUGCUCCUGUUGCAGCUCAAUUUUUUGGUAGUGCAGGCAGGGAGCACAUGGAAAAGUAUGGUACAAAGAAAGAACAUUUUGCAAAAAUAGCAUACAAAAAUCACAAACAUUCCGUUAACAACCCUUAUUCUCAGUUUCGUGAUGAAUAUACCUUGGAGCAAAUUUUGAAUUCUCCUCCUGUUUAUGAGCCUUUGACAAAGCUACAGUGCUGUCCCACAUCUGACGGUGCAGCAGCUGCCAUAUUAGCAAGUGAAAAUUUUGUCCGUGCUCAUAAAUUAGAAAAUCAAGCGGUGGAAAUUGUUGGUAUGGAGAUGACAACAGAUGUUCCUAGUGCAUUCACUGAAAACAGCAGCAUUAAAAUGAUUGGCUUUGAUAUGACCAGAAAUGCUUCAAAUAAGCUUUUCCAGAAUGCAGGUGUACGUCCAACAGAUGUUGAUGUUGUAGAAUUGCAUGAUUGUUUUUCAACAAAUGAGUUGAUUACUUAUGAAGCCUUAGGCUUGUGUGAUGUUGGCAAAGGAGGAGAAUUAGUCGAUACAGGGAACAAUACAUAUGGAGGAAAGUAUGUGAUUAAUCCAAGUGGGGGCUUAAUAUCGAAGGGCCACCCGCUAGGUGCCACUGGUAUUGCUCAGUGUGCUGAAUUGUGCUGGCAGCUGAGAAAUGAAGCUGGUCCUAGGCAAGUUCCGAAUGCAAAGUUAGCUCUUCAGCACAAUAUUGGUCUUGGUGGAGCUGUUGUUGUGGCUUUGUACCGAAGAGGAUUUCAAAAUCAGAAUGAGACAUCUACGAGUUCAACAAUAGAAUUACCAAAAGAAAUGCAGAAAUUAAAAUCAUCAAAAUUUUUUCAAAAAGCCAUUGAACUCUUAUCAGUAGCUGAGAAUAUUAUUGAUAAAAAGAUCAAAGGAUCAGUGAAAGUAAGGGUUGCUGAUGAUAAUUCAGAUUUCGUUGGAGUAGGAACCAUGAAGUUUGAUAAAGGCAAGAUUGCUAUCUCAUGGAAUCCUGAUGAAAAGGCAGACUGCAUUAUUUCUUUAACUGAUGGCGUUUUGUGUGAGAUUUUAGACAGAAAAAACACUUUUGAAAAAGCUUUCUUUUCUGGAAAAUUGCAAAUUAAAGGAAACAUUGGAUUUUUGGCAAGAUUUAUGUCCAUGAAGAAUGCAUUGCUUUCUAAGUUGUAAAUAAGAUUUUUUAGAUAUUUUAAUUGAUUUUGUAUUUCAUUGUGCCAUCCCUUUUGUUGUUUUAUAAACACUGAAUAAUUCCUCUCUCCGCUCUCUAAUAAUGAUUUUGAUAGUAUUUAAUCAUUCUUUCAAAGAUUUUAUCAAUUGUUAAUCUUGUUCCUUUUUUUUUUCUUUCAAUAAUAAAAUAUAUAUUCUUAAUUUUAAGCAUAUUUUAAAAAUUUUUGUACCAUUUAUUGUACCUGUAGCUAUCAAUAUAUAUUUGUUAGUAUAAUCAAUAUUAGCUGAAAAAUAAAUUGAUUACGAAAUGUAGUUAGAACUAUGUAUGCAUAUUGUAUGAAAUGAAAAUGAGCAUUUUAUGAAUUAUGUAGCUUUUUUGUAUAUCAUGAAUUUUUUUUUAAAUCUAAAAGUUGAAUGUGCAUCAUCUCAAAUAUUCAUUGAUAUGCUUGUGCAACCUAUGAACCUAUGCAAAAAUAUUAUGUAGUUAAAGAGUUAUUUUUUUAUUUAUCCACAGUCAUUAUAUAGUCAUUUUAUCUUGUUAACUAGUCACAUUUCAUGCUUUUGCCAAAGAGUUGAAUUGUAAAAUAUUUAUUACCUUUAAUUUUAAAUGAUACAUGUUUAUUAAAUAAAGUUUGUAACUUCUAUAACACCUCCAUAUUGUUAUCUCUAUAAACCAAAAAAUAAUUUUUGUGUUUUGAUUUGUUAUAUUUAUUUUUUAGUGCAGAUUUUUUGAUAUUGUUGUCUAUGUGAUUUUGAGGAAGUAAUGAAAGUAUUGGUGAUUGUUUUUGUUCCUCACAGUUUAGAUUUCACUAUAUACUUGUAGAAGAAAUAAAAUAUAUUUUCAAAAAUGA